GCUAGCAGCAUCCGUUUUUCGACCUUGCUCAUCAAACACUUGACUGAACGACAUUCGUUGUACAAUACCGGCCCAUGAAAAUUUGAAUAAGAAGUAGACAAGUUCAGCCACAGGGUAAAUAAAUCAUCAGGUUGUUAGCCAUAAAUGGCCCUUGAUUUCCGACUCGAUAAGUAAAUAAUUUACUCAGGCUUCUGUUGUUAUUGUUAAAUUGUUACCAGUCUUCGAGAUAGGAUAAAGGAGCAAGAUCUCAUUGGGAAAACGUGGAUAUAGCAACCCACUCAACUGUACAAACAGGGAUUUGGAGGCCCGCAGUCAUGUAAAUAUGGAUCAUAUCUGCUCUUCACUCCCACGCCUCGAUUUCCGCGAUAAAAUUCUCAACCAAGCGGAAAUCCACUAAAGCCGCUCAGUGCUGAACAGCGACGAAUCGAAUCACUGCAUUCAUCACACUUCACCAUUACCAAUACAACUUAGUUUUCUAUACAACAAGUACAUUGUUUGGUUGUUUGUUUGACACAACACUCCGCUGUCGUUUUAGUGGUUAAGUAAACUCAGUUCAUCUAAGAUCUUGGCAGUGGUGGACAAAACAAUUCCCAAUGAAGCCUGCGAUGGUUUUAAGCGACAAAGAUGUCCAACGGGUCAGAGAGUCUUUGACGAAGACUCUCACUCCUCAGCAUAAAGUUGUAAUUGCUCCUUGUUUGGCUGAAGUUCUUGUCCUGAACAAGAGCAAAAGUAUUCUCCGACGAUCAUUUAAAGAGAAAUGGAACAGUGUCGGAAAAGGAGUCAUUGCUUUAGUCUAUAACACGGACAGCCUUGGUCAGCGAAUUGAAAUUUGCUUGACAUCCAUAAAAACCCGAGAGGUCAUUUGGCGAGAGACAGUUGUUGCGCAUUUAUCCCGAGUUGAGUCACCGCAACCAAAUUACCAUACCUUCAACAGCACGAAAAAUUUCUUCGAAAAGGCUGCGAUACGUUACGACAACGAAACAGUCGCAAACCUUGUGUUACGAGCUCUGAGUGUGUUUUCAUCACAAUCAAAAUCCGCGAAAGUUUCUGGGCAUAAGCCGGCCUCGCGGUCACACUCGUUCACUGUUGCACCAAGACCCAGACACGCGCGCGCUCAAGAAGCAAAAAGUGCUUUCGAACGAUGCACAGUGGCUAUUUCCAACUUACACAUUCAACAAGUGUUUAGCAGCGACGGAAGGCCAGUCAGUGCCCCUCAAACAGCUUCAAUGUGCGGAACCACAAGCGCGCUAACAGCGCCGCAAAGUCAGCAACGGAACGACUGUCUCUUCUCCGUAUGUGAAGCACGCGAGCAGAUCUCAACGCAACUUUCGUCAGAUCAAAACAGCGUUUAUCACUUCAACAAACAACCAUCAAAUAACAACCGUCCUGCCCGGAGUACAAGUUUUAAUUUGGUGCGACGUUGUACAGAACCAGUUUUGAAGCCGAGGACAGAUUUGCUAGUUACUGAUCUGUGUACAACAGAGCUUUAAAUUAUUGGAAUCCAAAAGAAUUGGCCGCCUCGAGAGGGACACUGAUGAAAAUUGUGUUAAAUGACUCUACAGGAAAUUUUUUAGAAUGAUGAUACAAAUAUUUGGUAUGUAGGACCUCCGGGUUAAAUUCAAGCGAUGUU